AUGUAUUAUCAAUUAGAAAGCACGGACUGUUACUUAAGUCCAGUUAGUAGACAUGAUAUUCAGGAUUUAGGAACUCAAACAACGACUACGUUAGAAAAUGUGUCUGAUGAAAGGGUAAAUAUUGUUGACAAUAACCUUAACAAGACUCCUGAGGGAUGUGAAAAGUUUGAAAAAGAGGUUCACGAAGUUGGUAUGGAAGAACCUGAAAUAACAGAUAUUGAAGGAGCAGCCAUUGUGGAAAAGAAAGACAUGGAGUGUUACUUACGUCCAGUUAAAACACGUAGAUUUAAAAAAGGUACUAUAUGCUUCUUCGGAAAAAAGAAUAAUUCUGGCACGAUAACUACAGAUAAUGGGCAAUGUUAUAAGUUCUAUAGAGAAGAUUUAAAUUUAUGUUUUGAUCGACGACUUAAAUAUCCACAAAAAGUGAAAUUUGUUGUUGAUGAUUCAGAGCCCAAAUGGGCCUAUGAUGUAGAAAUAAUUGGAGACCCUUAUGUCCAAAAGUGCUAUUAUUGUUUAAAAGAUGAUCAUCUUGGUUUAGAAGACUGUAUACAGUUACAGAUAGAUUCUUAUAAUUUUUACUAUCCUUAUAUAUGAAAUAACAGUACAAUAUAA